AUGGCCAAACACAGACUUUAUACGACGCCGAGAAACGACAUCAUAGCCAACGACGACCUCAUCUUUUGCACACCUCAGCAUGGAGACACUACUACUCACAAUGUCUCACUGAAUCGCACUGCACCUAUCUUUGGUACGUUCGACUGUCCUUCAGAGUCCAGAGCACGAUCUCGCCAUCACUUUCGUAGAGGUGCCAUAAGUGAGGCCAGUGGGCAAUCUUUUCUACCUCUUGUUGAUGGGGAGCACGCAGCUGCACAGACAUUGCUACGCAUCAGAUCCAUCACAGACAACGAGAUUGAGAUAAUCUUUGUGCCUCCAAACCAUCGACAAUCACAUAACUCUAACUCACCCUCACGAAUACAGAUAGAUCGCUGGCGAGAACUGGCAGAUCGGAUCCAUCGCGGACUAUUGAACAUCAGCAACUCCACCCUUCAACAACAGAUCAACGUAGCAGUUGCUACUUUGCAGAGUCUGACCACUAACCGUCCAUCACAAAAUCGUCCAGCUAUGGAGGGUAACGGUAGAGCCGGUCAAUCAACCCCUUUCCGCAACACUUUUCGCUUUGGUCGUGAAGGAUGGCCGACAGUAGAUCCUGAGGACUCAGCCACUGCACGUCCAGCAACCAUACCCGGCUCCAACUUUGUUGUGCCUGAUUCUACACUGAACCUGUUCCAGUCUAUGGACAUCUUCGCCCCUCCUCCACCAAGACGCUCUACCAUGGACCAUAUCAGAGACGUAAAUGUGGAAACUGCUAGAUAUCUUCAACACAUUCGAAACAUGCUCAAUGAUACGGUAGCAGCCGUGCACGGUGGACGAGAUGUACCUCCCGGGAGGCUCUUCACACUCAGUAUGGAACUCAGCCGGGUCAGCCAACUGAUGAUUAUUUUGCUCUCGGAGUUCGGUGAGACUGUCCGAGCUCAACUAGCGGCAGCAAGAGACAGCAGCCAGGAUCAGUCGAGCAACUAUGAUAUCACCGAGGCAGCUCUGCCCACGUGGACAGAUGACGACGAUUCAUCAAGUUCUGAAAGUGGCGAGCCUGAAGGGUGGGCAAAUAUAGACCUUGCGCCUGAUGGUGACUAUCCUCAGGAAGUGUGCUUUCAUAUUGGAAAUCAGCAAUUCACGUUUCCAAUGGAAGUGGUGGAAAAUUGGAUGAUGAAUGCGCGGAACUGGGAUAGACUUGAAGCUCGCAAUGCGGAGUUCAUCCGACGGGACUUCGAACGAUUCACUGAAACGGGGACGCUGGAGUCUAUCGCCCACCGUUUUGCCAGACCAGACAAUGUCAGAUCCAGACGGGCGAUUGCUCGUGAAGCACGUUACGAAGACAUUGACGACUCAUCUGAGGAUGACGAGGAUGACUACGAAGAUAUCGAAGAUAUCGAAGAUAGCGAAGAUGGUCAGGCGGACCCCGUGAGCUUCUUCAGUGACUCGGACGACGAUAUGACGGGUACCGAAGAUGAGGCUGAAGAGGAGGAGGAUGAAGAAGAGGCUGAAGAAGAAUAG